CACUGAGGCAUCGCCUCCCGGAGCCGGCUCCGCCCUUGGGGAAGUGUCUCUGCAAGCUGGGACCGGCCCGGCUGCCUCCGACCCGCCAUGGCUGCAAAAAAAGCCCUGAUCGUGCUGGCGCACGCGGAGAAGACCUCCUUCAACCACGCCAUGAAGGAUGCUGCUGUCGACGCACUGCAGAAGAAAGGCUGGAGCGUCGCCGUGUCUGACCUGUACGCCAUGAAGUUCAACCCGGUGCAGUCCCGGGAAGACAUCACCGGUAAGCCGAAGGAUCCCAACAACUUCAACUACGCGGUGGAGAUGGGCUUGGCGUGGAAGGAGGGCCGGCUGAGCAGCGACAUCGUGGCAGAACAGAAGAAGCUGGAGGCUGCGGACCUCGUGAUAUUCCAGUUCCCGCUCCAGUGGUUUGGGGUGCCAGCCAUCCUCAAGGGCUGGUUUGACCGGGUUUUCACAGGAGGCUUUGCCUACUCCUAUGCCAGCAUGUACGACCAGGGCCCCUUCCAGAAAAAGAAGGCCGUGCUCUCCUUCACCACGGGCGGGGCGGGCUCCAUGUACACCCCCAACGGCAUCAACGGGGACGUCAACAUCCUCCUCUGGCCAAUACAGAACGGCACGCUGUACUUCUGCGGCUUCCAAGUCUUGGAGCCGCAAAUCGCUUACAGCAUUGGCCACACGCCUGAAGACGUCCGUUCCCAGAUCCUGAUGGGCUGGAAGGAGCGCCUGGGGAGCAUCUGGGAGGAGAAACCGCUCAGUUUUGUUCCCAGCAGCAGCUUUGAGCUGAGCUUCAAAGGGGGCUUCAAGCUGAAAGCAGAGGCUCAGGAGCAGCAGAAGGAUCAGAAGUACGGGCUGUCCGUGGGCCAGCACUUGGGGAAGGCCAUUCCCCCCGACAACCAGGUCAAAGCCCAGAGGAAAUAGCUUCCACAGCGACGCCGUCUGGCGUCUGCCAGUUCAGAGCACUACGCUCCGAGUGGGGGCCGGUCGCACAAUUUCCUGUAUCUUUUGUCUUCAUUUUCAUGCUGUUCGAAUGCACUUGGCUUUGAUUACAUGUAUUGGCUCCGCACGGGUAAAAGGAAGUGCCUGCAGAUGCUCCAGUGCUGCAGUGCCUGCUGCACGGUGCUGCGGGAAAGAUUAAAAUAACCCUGGUCUACUGCACUAGUCCCCCCCGCCCACCCCAACCCUUAGCAGGGGCUACAGGCUGGGGCAGAUUCUGCUAAAUUGCUACUCCACACUCACGGCAAAGCCCCAUCUAUCCCCAUCAGGUAGCCUGAAUUAGUGACUGGAUUGCAGCACUUGAGCGAGUGCUGCAAGGGGGAAAUCUUGUCUCCGUGGCACAGAGUUGUGCUGGUACUCUUACCCUCUCUGCUCAUAGAUCAUGACGAUUCUCAAUAAAAGGCUUUUGCUCUCUC